AACCAAAAUGGAAAAAAGGUUGAUCUCCGCACCUGCCCAUUUUCUCAAUCGUCAAACAGCAUUCAGAGGAGCAGAUUCCGCAGCAGAGUAGGGUUGGAGCUUGGAAUCCUCAACUCCACCUCCGGCACCGACAGCACUAACUGCGGCGGCACGAAGCAGAGACCGGACGGAACAUGUGACGCCGGCGGCGCCAUGGAAGACGGCAACACAAUCGGUGGAUCACCAGACCAGGAAUCAGUAGGUUCUGGGACUAAAAGGUCUGGUGCAUCAUCAGGUGCUAGGCCACAGAACCGCAAGGAAUUUCUCCAUAAGUUUGUAGAUAGUGAAAUCCUCACCAGAAAGCUUGAAGAUUGGUUUGAAUCAAUUUCAGAAAAAUCAGCAUGUAAAAACCCUGUCUUUGAUGUGCCUUUUGAGUUGAUUGAACUGCAGAAGUUUGAUUAUGCGUUGGAGGGUGUCCCAUUUCAGCAGCUGAUUCGAAUGCCCAAUGCUGUUUAUGCCUCAACAUCUGAUGCAGUGGAAGCAACUGCAUAUCUAGCUAUUGAAGAUUUUCUUCAUGCAAGUGUGAAGGGCUUGUGGGAGGCAUUUUGGAGUCAAGACGAGCCCAUGCCUUUUUCUGUUGCAUGUUUAUACAAUACAAGCUUGAAAUUCUACCAGGCCGAGAAAGCAAUUGCUAAUGGGAAACUUGGAGAUCUUUGUGCAACUGGUAUAAUGAUGAACUCCAGACAUUCACGUGGGAGGUGGGAUCAUAUUCUUGAGCUAGCUCUGUUGAGGCCCAAUCUUGGAAGGGUAUUAGUGGAGAGUGACCAGCAGCCUUCUCCAUCUGUUCUUGGUGAAGCCCUUUUCUUUGCUGUCCGUAUGCUAUUAUCCAGAAGCCUAAGCAGAUUGAAUGGUGUCCAGAAUUCAAACUGUGUCUUUGUUCUUCUUAUUGAUUCUCAAUAUGGAGGGGUUGUAAAAAUUGAAGGAGAUAUAAGUAAAUUGGAGUGUGAUGUAGAUGAUAUUUAUGAAUCUGCUGCUGAAUGGAUUAAAAAACAUUCACGAAUUUCAGUCUCUCCAAUUGAUAGAAUCUGGAACAAGCUUGGAAAUGCUAAUUGGGGAGAUAUUGGUGCUCUACAGGUACUCUUUGCAACCUUCCAUUGUAUCAUGCAAUUCGCUGGAAUUCCCAAGCACUCAAUUGAAGAUUUAGCUGCUGACCAUGGUUCUCGUCUCCAAACAAGAAGAGUAGAGAGGCAAUUGGGAAAUACCAGUGUGAAUGGGGGUGGUUUAUUCCGGUUCCAGCAGCGCAGUGUUUCCCCUGAAAUUGUUGAGGUUCAAGAGGAAGCAGUCAAAAUUGAGUCUGAAGAGUUGAUGAAGCUAGAAGUAGGAUCGAUUUUAUGGUUGGAGGAUUCUAACUGGCAAAAGGGUUAUCAGAUAGAUGAAGUUCUGAGUGAUGGCGAACUUCCUUAUUACAUUGCAUCUCCUGUUGAAGAUCCAGGAAAAGCUCUGUUUCUAUAUGUUGGUUCUCGUCCUUCUCAGCUGGAACCAGCAUGGGAAGAUAUGAACUUAUGGUAUCAAGUUCAGAGGCAGACGAAAAUAUUGACUAUUAUGAAGCAGAAAGGUCUAUCUAGCAGGUAUUUGCCUCAAUUGAGUGCAUCUGGUAGGAUAAUUCAUCCGGGUCAGUGUCGAAGGCCAAGCUCAGGUGGAAACUGUGAACACCCUUGGUGCGGCACCUCAAUUCUAGUGACUAGCCCAGUUGGUGAAACAGUUGCUAAUAUGGUAAGUGGGGGCCGGUUUGGUUUUGAUGAGGCAAUCAGAUGCUGCCAUGAUUGUUUAUCUGCACUUUCAACUGCUGCUUCAGCUGGAAUUCGGCAUGGAGACAUCAGGCCGGAGAAUGUCAUUCGUGUAAGCUCUGGUGUGAGGCACCCUUAUUUUGUCAUUAUUGGCUGGGGGCAUGCCAUUCUAGAAGAGAGGGAUCGGCCGGCAAUGAAUCUUCAUUUCUCAUCAACUUAUGCUCUUCAGGAGGGCAAGUUGUGCUCCGCUUCGGAUGCAGAGAGCCUGGUUUAUCUACUUUAUUUUUCUUGUGGUGGGCUUGUUCCUGACUUGGAUUCAGUUGAGGGGGCAUUGCAUUGGAGAGAGACAUCUUGGUCAAGAAGAUUAAUUCAACAGAAGCUUGGAGAAGUCUCAACUGUGUUGAAAGCAUUUGCUGAUUAUGUUGAUAGUCUAUGUGGGACACCAUAUCCUAUGGACUAUGAUAUAUGGCUAAGAAGGUUGAGGAGAAAUAUUCAUGAAGAAGACCAUGGAAAGGAAAUUGACACAUCAGGAUAGAAGAACUUCCCCAGCCACCAUGGCAGAACUGGAUUCUCUAGAUCAUCUUGAUUAUUAUCACCUCUCAGAGAUGGGGGCAAUUUGAAUAUUUGGGAAGUUGAUGAAACCUGAAGCCAAUUGCAUAACUUAUUUGGAUGGUAUUCCUUGGGGCAUAGCAGCAGGUGAAAUUUCCCAAGAAUGGUUUGAACCACCCAUGGAGCAGCUGGAUGCUGAUUGUUCGUCUUGAAAAGUUGUGAAUUCUUGGUGUCCAUUCAGAUGGACCACAGUUUCAGGUUUCUAAAACAAAUUCCAAUUAGGGUUUGGCCCUAAAACAGGUUCUUUAAAUCAUUUCACCUACAUUUGGAUGCAGUCCCCUCAGCCUCUAGAAGUUCAUUACUUUCUGCACUUGUGGUGAGUUUUUUGAGUAUGUGUUGUAUUAUUCUUGUUAUUACUCCCUUGUAAAGAUAUGAGCCGUCCAGAUUGUUUCAAAACUUGUGAAGAUGUUUGGUUGGUAAGGGAUUCCUGGGAACCACAAAAUGCCCAUCGCAUCAUCUUUUCAUGUAAAUGGGUGUUAGGUUUUGUGGUCUCUGGGGGUUCUUGAACCUGCAUUUUUUUUUUUGGGGAUCAUAUAUAAGCUGUCUAUUUUCUUUUCAUGA